AUGGCGGAAAGAAGGGAUGCUGUUCUUCGCGAGGCUUGUGACCAUUUAUCAAAUAGUUUGAAGUUUACGCUGCAGUUGAAGCCCGAACAGUGUAAUGCUGUGGACUCUUUACAUAAGAAAGAUGAUGUGCUCGCGGUUCUUCCGACAGGAUACGGCAAAAGUCUUAUUUUCCAACUCUUUGCUGUUGCUGUGUCGAUUGAAGGGGAAGAGCGGCAAACUGUGUUGGUUAUUUGUCCUUUGAAAAGCAUCACUGAAGACCAAAUUGCUGAGGCCGGAAGUAUUGGUAUCUCGGCGGCUUCCACAGAGGAUAUCUCGGAAGACGAGUUGCGUGCCGCAAAAUUUCAGCUAAUCUUCGGUUCGGCUGUGACAGUUAUGGAGAAACGAUUCCUCGACAUUAUGAAAGAUAACUGCUCUUCUCUUGACAGAAAGUUGGCCGCAGUUGUGGUGGAUGAGUCCCAUACUGUUGAGAUGUGGACUGGAAAAAGGUAUUAUGUUUCUAACAAAUCCUAUUGGGGAUACUUCUAA